AUGCCGUUCAUUAACCCAUUACCAGUCCCUCCAGUUUUUCAGGUCAAAGAUCCAGCUGUUCAUGGCGAUGAAGAAAGAUAUCGUUGUGUCGAACAGAUCCUCAGUGCUCCAGACUGUUACCGAGUGCUUGGCGUCACUAGAGAAGCAAACCCAGAUGAUAUCAGACGAGCCUACAUAAAAAAAAGUCGAAUCUGCCACCCUGACAAAUUCGUACCUGCUUAUCCUCGAGCUACAGAGAGCUUUCAAUUACUUUCAAGGGCCUAUGAAACUCUCAGUAAUCCGUCUGCCAAAUUAAUGUAUGAUCUUUCUAAGCAGAAAGGACCGUCUACAUUUGUGUCAACAGAGGAUGAGCAUGCCAACGACACUCUCCAGCGUGUACUUCAUCAACUGUUUAUCGAAAUGAUGGACGGUGAGUUCCAGACCCUCCGUGCUUUUAUCCACGCCUUGAAUGAGACCAACCCGGGCAUGCACAUAACCACCCACCAAUAUUACAAAGUUGUCCAGUUUGAGUUGAUGCGCCUGUAUGAACUUCAGCACGAGCUUCGUAGUUUGUCAUACUUUAGUGUGUGGCGUCGCAUGCAAUUAUCGAUCACGAUCUGUAAAGUCCUCCUUCAAUUACCAAUCAUGAUCAAUGUGGAGUCUAGAGAGAAAAAACAGAGCCAACGUCAAUUGGGUCAAGCCGAUGCCGAAGCUAUCCAUGGUAUUCUUGGUCUUCGCCUUGAAAGUGCCCUUCGUCUGGCCGUGACUCUUCUCGAAACAGGCGAACGAUAUGUUACCGCAUGGUAA